AUGGAGGAUGCCAUGAACGGCCAUACGAAUGGCUCGCUCAAGGGAGGAAAAGGCAUGAAUGGCAUAAACGGCCAUGUGGUGCCACGGAGGAGAACCCCGCCUGCGAAGACCAGCCCCAGCUUCUUCGCUCGACUCUUCAGCAUUGCGGCGAGAUUGACCGUAUGGUAUUCCAUCUACGCCCUACUUUUUCAGUGCCCUUCAACGCUCGAAGGCUGCAACGAAACGUCGCCCAAGAUCUGCAAGCCGUACUUCCAGGUCAAAGACGCUGUGACGCCGCAUCUGACUCCAUACUAUGACACCUAUGCGGCGCCGUAUGUCGACCUCGCGAAGCCAUACUAUGAGACAGUCGACCGUACCGUCAUCACUCCGACCCGCAUCUACGCAGUCAAAUAUGGCGGCCCGCAACUCAUCAAGGCCCAAGAGUUGGGUCUGGCGCAAUGGGAGAAAAAUCUGCAGCCUCAGCUAGCUAGAUACCAGACCUUGGCCAAGUCCCAAUACGAUCAGGCUAUAUCGCCGCAUGUGGACAAAGCUUCAACGGUUGUGGCUCCUUACUACAACAUUGCGAAGGCGAACGCACUGCAAACCUACCAUGAGUUUGUGUUGCCCUCCUACCUGUUUGUUGAGCCGUAUGCUGCGCAGGGUUACGAGGAGGCCGCCAAAUUCACAACUGAAACAGCCAUUCCGACGUCGCUUUGGGCAUGGAACAAGACGUUCGUUUUCUUAGACUCGACUGUGUGGCCAAAUCUCAGGGAUGUCUAUGUCAUGAAGGUUGAGCCACAACUAGUACGCAUUGGGGAGCGACUGGGCCGAUACAAGGAGAAGAAGCCGAAGGUGGCCCCCGAUGGAGUUGACUCGCAAAGCGCCAAGUCCACAUUCGCGAAGCCGUCCGUUUCCGUUGCCACAACCACCGCAACUUCUGCUACCGAGACUCCCAAGCCUGAGGCAACUGCAUCUACCGAGUCAGAAGUACAGGCAUCUACCUCGGAAGCUGAUGUAGAUCAAGAUCGCCCUAAGCAAUCCACGGAGCAGAUCCGUGAGCAUGCCGCUAAGACUGUAGCUGAGGAUUUGGAGCUGUGGCAGGGGAAAUUCACCAAAGCCGCUGACGAGGGUGCUUCCGAGAUCGAGGAACGGGUGGACGAAAUUUCCAGCCGUAUGAUUGAGCACCACGCUAAUGUCAUGGGCAAAUCGCUGGUUUCCCAGCUCGAGGAGACGGCCAAUAUUGAAACGACCAACCUCAAGAAGACUCUCCUUACCAUUCUUGAGAAGAAUAAAGAUGCGAAGAAAGAGACUCUUGAAGGGGAGGUAGCGGCGGCAGUGCGAGAAGCUGGACUGAACAUUAAGAGCAAGGCCCAAGACAUCCGCACAUGGCGCCAGACCUACGAACAGGAAAUGGAAAUCUCUGUAACCAAGGUCGCCGAGGAGCACAUCAGGAUCCUUCAAAGCAUUCGUGAUCUGGCUCUUCAGAAGCUCGGCAUGAAGUGGGCAUGGAUGGAUGGCAUCACGUACAAGGAUUGGCAAAAGUAUCACCAACUUCGAGCACGCCUAGAUGAGUGGACUGAAGAUCUCAAGCGUCUGGUUGUUACGCAUCCUGGCCUUGCUAAUGCGCAGGCUGCCGGCACCGCGAUUGAGGAUGCGGGUAUGGGUAUUGCUGGUGAGGCUGCCCAGGAGCUCGGAAGCUUGAAGCAGAUUACCCUAUGGAAAGCUGCCGCCGGUGACCUGACCGACAAUUUUGAUGCCAACACCAUGAAGCUGGCUGCCGAGGCUGCUGAGAAGAAGGCCGUAGAAGCUGCUGACGCGUUGAACACGAUCGCUGGGAGUGUCGAAGAAGGCAUCCACAACAUCGUCGAUGCGGCUGAGCAGGGUGAUGUACCUGCGAGCGAGUCCAUCAGCGGAGAUGUUUCCGUCGCUGAUUCGUCUGAGAGCACACCCACCGUCACCAUCGCCUUAUCCGAGGCCGACCAGGACGCAGAAACGUCUGCUGCCCCGCCUCUGGAGAGCAUAGCUUCAGAACCCACUGACAGCGCCGCCGAACCAGUUAAGCCGUUGCCAACCUCAGAACCCGUCGAUGGCCCAGAGCAAGUCGAGGAAACCAUAGUCGCAUCUCCUCAGGAUCCGAGUUCCUCGGCAGGUUCAGCAACACCGAGCAUCAAAAAAGUCAUGUUUGGUGCAGCUGCUCAGUCAGUGCCCUCGCGACAGCCGAUCAUGGAUGAAGACUUUGAGUCUUCGUUUUCCAGCGUCGCAUCAGUUGUGCAGUCCGACUUCCCACACACUAUCACCUCAGCUGCCCAAUCAGCAUACACGGCCGCCAUCGCCCAAGCAGCCGAUCAUUACAGCCGCGCUAUGUCGGUGGUCUCAGUUCAAAUCAAUGGCGAACCUAAGCCUGUCCAUGAAGAAAUGUUGAGCUCUGUCUCCAAUGCUUACUUCGACGCGCUGGCUUCUGCGAACUCGGGACUCGCCGCGGCUUUGACUGCUGCGAGCGAAGGCGUAUAUGGUACACCAACGACGAAGUGGAUUCCAGACAUGCCAACUAUGCCCUCGAUGCCCUCAGUCGAAUGGGAACGAAUUCAAUCAAUUGCCCAGCAGAACUUGCAGGACGGCGUCAGCUGGGCUAGUGAGAAGCUCGAGAGUGCCAAGGUUGCUAUUGGAGCUGCCGAGCCUACGCCUUCGACGCCCAGCGAGAAGGCGCAGAAGAUGCUCGACCAGGCGAGUCACCAAUACUAUGCGGGCCUCGGCGUUGCCCACGCACGCUAUUCUGAGUUCCUCGCGGCCGCCUCUUCUACCUUGAGCUCCCUAACUGCGACCCCCACACCAACCAAUAUCCAAGGAACAUUUAGCUCUGUGGCUUCGGUAGCAUCCGAGUCCGCUGCUUCUGUUGCAAUAGUAGCUGGUGAAGGAGUCGCCGACGCUGGUGAGACCGUCAGCGAAACUUGGGAAUCCCUUGUCAGCCGUAUCAGCUCCGGAAUCUAUGGCGCACCAAUCCCGACGCCAUGGUAUGAAAACUUCUACGCAGCCGCCGGAGACUACGCCGCGUCUGCCACAGACGUUGCUGAGUCUUAUGCAUCGCAAGCUGGCGAUUACGCUGCGUCUGCCACAGGUGCCGCCGGCUCUUAUGCUUCGCAUGCCAGUGAAUACGUCGCCGAGAACCUGUCGAGUAUCACUUCCGCGGCUGGCGAAUAUGCUGGCUCCGCCACAUCGGCAGCUGACGCUCAGUACUCGGCUGUCAGUAGCCUGCUCUCCGAGCUCGUCUAUGGCAAAGAACCAACGUUCACUGAGUCGGUAUUCUCGCGUCUUGCCGGCGCAUACAGUGUCGCUACUUCCAACGUGGCAAGCUUGGCGAGCGAGGCCACCGACUCGGCUAGCGCUGCUACAGACAGCGUCAAGGACACGGUCCAGCACAUCAUCGAUGAGCUAUGA